GGGACUCAGAGUUGAAGGCUCUUCUCCCUAUCGUAGCAGCUCCGCGCGAGGCCCCCGAGAGAGCCCGGCGCAACUACUUUCUUCCCUCUCCUUUCUCCUCUUUUUGUCCCCUGCUGGGGGCUGGCGGCGGCGGCGGCGGGGUGGGAGAGACUCUGAAUGACCGAGCUCGCGUCCACCUUUCUCUUCAUGUCGACGUCCCUGGAAACGGUCACACGGAUGCCAUGGUCACUUCUGCCACGGGAUAUUGAAAGCAUCCUUCACAUCUUUGCUUCACCAUUACCUUCUCCGGGAAGCCUCCCUGCAUCCCCCAGGGAUCCUGGGGCUCCGUCUCAGUCUCCCUGUGUUACACCACCCGGUAUUCUGUCUUCUCACUAGAAGAUGGGCUCUGCAGAGAAAGGGACCUGGUCUUGUCAUCUCUGUGUCCCCAACACCUUGAUAUGUGUCGGAUCUUACAGGUGAACAAGGUGAUGUCCAUCUUGUUUUAUGUGAUAUUUCUCGCUUAUCUCCGUGGCAUCCAAGGUAACAGCAUGGAUCAAAGGAGUUUGCCGGAAGACUCGCUCAAUUCCCUGAUUAUUAAGCUGAUCCAGGCAGAUAUUUUAAAAAACAAGCUCUCCAAGCACAUGGUGGACGUUAAGGAAAACUACCAGAGCACCCUGCCCAAAGCAGAGGCCCCCCGGGAGCCCGCCAAGCCGGAAUUCCAGCCCAUGACGGCCAUGGGCCCCGAACUGCUGCGGCAUCAGAGACGCUACAACUCCCCCCGGGUCCUGCUGAGUGACAGCACCCCCGUGGAGCCCCCUCCCCUGUACCUCAUGGAGGAUUACGUGGGCAACCCCGCGGCCACCAACAGAACGGCGCGGAGGAAGAGGUACGCGGAGCACAAGAGUCACCGAGGGGAGUACUCCGUGUGUGACAGCGAGAGCUUGUGGGUGACCGACAAGUCAUCGGCCAUCGACAUUCGGGGACACCAGGUCACGGUGCUGGGGGAGAUCAAAACCGGCAACUCUCCCGUCAAACAAUAUUUUUAUGAGACGAGGUGUAAAGAGGCCAGGCCUGUCAAGAACGGUUGCAGAGGCAUUGACGAUAAACAUUGGAACUCUCAAUGCAAAACCUCCCAAACCUACGUCCGGGCACUGACGUCAGAAAACAACAAACUGGUCGGCUGGCGGUGGAUACGGAUAGACACAUCCUGUGUGUGUGCCUUGUCGAGAAAAAUCGGAAGAACAUAAAUUGGCAUCUCUCCCCGUAUAUAAAUUAUUACUUUAAAUUAUACAAUAUGCAUGUAGCAUAUAAAUGUUUAUAUUGUUUUUAUAUAUUAUAAGUUGACCUUUAUUUAUUAAACUUCAGCAACCCUACAGUAUAUAAGCUUUUUUUCUCAAUAAAAUCCGUGUGCUUGCCUUCCCUCAGGCCUCUCCCAUCUGUUAAACCUGAUCCUUGUAACCCGGCUCUCGGGAUCCACCGCCUUGUAAAAUCUGUGUACACCAGUAUUUUGCAUUCAGUAUUGUCAAGGCCAUGACUGUCGUUUUAGUAAACUUGUUAAAAUCG